AUGCUGACUGAGGAGGACUUCCGAGAUCAAUAUGCAUCGAGCGUACAGGCAGAGUUAAUCGGGACACAGGAACCAUAUCACGUCUCAUACUUUAUCGAACUCGUCCGCCUGGCCUUUCUACGUGAUAAUGCUCUUAUUCUGUUCUGCAGACCACGCACCAUCGAAAGUGUAACUCAGCAAGACUUUGAGCGAGAAAUAACAGUCCGAAGCAGCACCGAUACCGUUACUCGCCUUGCCGAAGAUCUGCUGAGUUCUGGCACGCUCCGAUAUACUCAACUCCAUAUAAUCCCAACCUUGUUUGGUGCACUUUCAAUCCAUUCCCUGGUAAUCCGUUGUAGACAGCCGGUAAGCAGUCAGCUGGCAGAGAAUCGAGCUAGGCUGUGCAUGCUGGCGUUGAGCGAACUCUCAAAGCUGUGGCCCGCAGCUGGUUGGAUCCUGCGCGUCUUCGACAAGGUGCUUCGCCGUUUGACUGGUCGCAAUCGGUGUGUUGAGUGCAGCGCGCCAGGCGGCAAGCCAUGUGGGGGCCAGCCGCAGCAGCCUGCUGGGUCGAUUGAUCGGCUAUCAGAUCAAGCAACACUACGGUCCGGCGAGGGCACAUGUAGUAUGGCCGGCAGUGGUUUGGACGGUCUACUGGGCCCAACGCUGCAUGGUUCGCGUGCUUCGAUGAGUGGUACAGUCUCGCAGAUAGUGGAUUCUAACGAAGGGAUCAUGCUUGAGGAUCGCUGGGCGCAGGAACUGGAUUUCGAUGCCUUUGAAAACAUAUUCCAAGACUCCUUAACUGAUGCAUUCGCACCCUAUGGUACUGGGCUGGACUGGCAUCUAAACAACGAGCACCUGACUGACUAG